AACUAUAGCGGGGCAGCAAUGGAGCCAAAGCACAAAGAGUUGCUCGACCAGUGCCACCAGAACUUGCUGGAGUCCAUCACCGACGCGGACCGACUGAUCGAGCUGCUCAUCGUGUCCGGCACCUUGAGCCAACUCGACAGGUUCGAGCUGGAGCAGAACUGCUCGUCCAGCGCCGAGAAAGUGGACCACCUCCUGAAGAUGCUGGUGAACAAGGAGAGCGACCAUUUCCUCGACCUGUGUGUGGCCCUGGAGAAGGCAUACCCUGACCUGUACGCUGCCCUGUUCGGCAGCAACGGCGGCGGACCCGUGGACCACUCCACCGGUUCCACGUACAGCGUCCUGUCCACCAUGCCCUCUGACUCAGAAAGCAGCAGCUCCCUCAGUAGUGUCGCCGCCGGUAAUGUGCUCAAUGUUGCAGGUUCACCCGUCAACGGUGAAGCGUCCUCCCCACCCCCAGCCAUCAACGACAACCGGCCAACUGGCGACAACCUGGACACCAUCCUGUUCCAGCUCCGCCAGGUGACCAGGGAGAGGGAUGAGCUCCGCAAGCGCCUGGCGUUGGCAUCGCCCGGGACCACCUUCGACGACUGCAGGCCAAAUUCCAAAGCCAGUCAUGACUAUGAGCGUCUGAAAAGUCAGUGCAUGAGGGCCAUGGCAGACCUGCAGUCACUCCAAAACCAGCACACCAAAACACUCAAGAGGUGCGAGGAGGCUGUGAAGGAGGCCGACUUCUACCAGUAA